AUGCGUGCUCCGGCGAGCCUCCUGCACCGCGCCGCCCUCGCCAACACUGGCACGGGCGAGCCGUCGUCGUCGCCGGCGAGUAUGAAGGCCCCUGAGCAGCAGCAGCAGACGGCGCCUGUGAUGGCGGUGAACUCGGACAUGGUGCUCAUCCUAGCGUCGUUGCUAUGUGCGCUCGUCUGCGUCCUCGGCCUCGCCCUCGUCUCCCGAUGCACGUGCCGACGGCGCCGCUCGGCCUCAUACUCCGAUCACGCCCCUCCUCCACCAAAGGGCCUCAAGAAGAAGGCCAUCCACGCCCUCCCAACCGUCUCCUUCGCCGCCAACGGGGCUUCUCCGACGCCGGCGACAUGCUCGUCGUCAGAGUGUGCGAUCUGCCUGGCGGAGUUCACGGAGGGGGAGGCCCUGCGCGUGCUCCCACGGUGCGGCCACGGCUUCCAUGUUGCAUGCGUCGACGCCUGGCUCCGGACCUGUGCCACAUGCCCCUUCUGCCGUGCCCCCAUCCUUGCCACGCCCACGCAGCCGCCGGCGACGACCACGGUGGUGGUCGUGGUGGCGACAAACAACAGGUGCGGGAGGUGCGGCGAGCUGGCGGCGCCGACCGGUGGUGGCGAUGACACGUUUUUACCUUAG